AUGACAGUGUUACCGGGAAGGUCCAAUAAUGGAGGCACAAGUGCUUGGCAAGCCUUUAUUUCCUUACUCAAAGGCUACGUGGGUCCAGGGUGUCUCUCACUGCCAUGGGCCAUUUCGCAACUGGGGAUUCCGUUUGGUGCCAUUAGUGUGUUUGUGGUCAGCUAUUGGACGUCCAUGAACAUUUGGCACGUGGUGGAACUCAAGCGAAUGUAUCAAGAAGAAUUGGAAGCAUCAGCGGCAACUACUGCAAAUAAUGAACCUCAUGGUCCUUCCGAUGCCGCAGUGGACAGUAAUGGUGAUAGUACUACUAAUACUACUACUACUACUACUACUACUUCGACUACACUACAACUACAGCAACAAGAGCAACAAGACCACAACGAUCCCGAAACUACCCAUGAUGCCUUUGGCACACAACCGUCUUCGAUCAUUAUUACCUACCCAGAUGUUGGUCAUUGGCUGUACGGCAAACGAUUUGCCCAAUUCUUGACGUCCAUGAUUUGCGUCCAGCAAUUGGCGGUUUGUACCGUCUUUUUGAGUUUUAUUGGUGAAAAUUUGGGUGCUGCCUUGGAACAAUUGUUAGGGGAAAAGCUGGAUCAUACUCUCGUCAUUACCUUUGUUCUGCCCUGUGCUCUGCUCUUGACUACCUCUCUGUCGAAUCUCAAGGUGUUGGCACCCGUCAUGACGUUGGCGACGUUGGCAUUGUUUGCAGGCUUUGCAGUAUUGUUUGUCUUGGUAUUCCAAGCGUGGCCUCAACGACCCCAGCCAUAUUUGACGGAAAUUCAAGAUUGGGGCAACCUUCCACUGGCAAUCUGUGCCAUUUUGUUUAGUUUUGAAGGGAUUUGUCUCAUCUUGCCAAUUGAAACAAGCAUGACUUAUGGAAAAGAACAAUUUGGAUUGGUCUUUUGCAGUGCCAUGGCCGCUUCCGCCCUUAUUUUUGCUUCGGUGGCAUCCUUUUGCGUCAUGGCCUUUGGACGAGUGUCGUCAGGUAGUAUUACAGCCUUUUUGGUGCAACAACAACAACAACAACAGCACGGAGAAGAAAAGGAGGAAAACCUGCAGAUUCUAAACAUGGCCAAUCUAUUGGUGAGCCUGGCGGUCUUGCUCACGUACCCACUCCAGCUCUUUCCAUCCUACGAGUUGGUCGGUCCAUCCGUGGCCAAAUAUUUCACCAAGGGGAGCAGGACAAGAACGUCCACAAUAAUAGACGAUGAAACGGAAGAAAAUGGAUAUGUCGCAGCCAAUUCUGACGACGAAGGCGGGAUCGAUGCCUUGACAGACCGAUUGUCCUCCAGCGUUGAACUAUCACCUGCAGAAAGGCCGUUUUCGGACGAGGAUGAUGAUAUGGAACAAGCUGCAGUAGCAAGACGGAGCUCCGAAGAGAUUCCAAUUGCAGCCACGUUGAAUUUACAGGAUGCAACGACACAUCCGGAGACGAGCUAUUGGAACUACUAUGGGACGUCCUAUGGAGAUACUCCGGCAGUUCGAAUUGGACUGGUGUUCAUCACGUACAGCUUUGCCAUUGUGGUGCCAAACGUUCAGUUACUAGUAAGUUUGGCUGGAGCCGUGAGUGGGAGUGCAACUGGUCUAUUGGUACCACCCCUGUUACAACUGGCUCAUUGGAAAAAGAAAGAACAACAAGAACGACAACGACAGCUGGAAGAAGAGGAGGAGUCAUCAUCGACACCGCCACCGCCACCACAGCAUGUUGCCUAUGGAUCUUGGUACUACCAACGACGACGGAUGCAAUGUUACAUCUUGUUCAUGAUGGGAUGCCUUGUCUUGGUGAUAGGGACGGUAUCAGCGCUGUGGGACAUCAUCAAGGUCUAUCGAGGCGUUGGUUGA